AUGGCGUUAGUACAGCUGUAUCUUGGCUAUGUGUCGUUUAUGCAGUACUCGGGCACUCUAGAAUUGUUGGCCGAGAGCUUGUCUAUAAUGGUGACGUACAUACAGGUGGUGGGUCGCUGCUACUUCUACGUGUUUCAGCAAGAGUCGUGUCGGAAGAUUGUCCAGAACAUACGUGAACAACGAAUGCAUUUCGGUGCAAAAAGUAAUCCCGCAAUAGAACAGCUGUUCCAUGGUGCCGACGAGCAAUUGGUUCACCUUUACCGAGUGCUCUACUGGAUGUAUGCAGCUGCAAUGAUAUCAUUUCUGUCCAUGCCUGCGAUUUAUCCCGAUCCGAGAAAGUACAACUUGCCGUUAGCAUUCACGUUUCCUUUCCUGCCAGUUGAUAAUCGUUUCUGGUGGUACUUUACGUAUCUUUAUCAUUUUGCCAUGAUUUGGAAAUGCAUCCACUUGCUGGUGGUUAUUGAUGGAGUCAUGGUAAUGGCAAUGAUGAGUGUUCGCAAACGAAUUCAAGCGCUGAAAGUGUUGCUGCAGCAGCUCGACGAGAAGAUCCAAGCAUCACCGUGGAAGCGCACCGACCACCUUGAGCUGGAUCUGAAGCGCAUCAUUGAACUGCAUGUGUCCAUCAAAGAAUUUAUGAGAGAUUUCAGUGACUCGUACCGCUGGCACUUCUUCAUGAUAGCCGGAACGGUGUGCUUCGAGAUUUGUAUGGCCUUGAACGUGAUCGCAACAACGGUACGAAACCCAGUUUAUCCAUACUUAUUGGCAACGACUACCCAACUGCUGGUGAUGUGUUUUUUUGGAAAUGUUUUGCUGAUAGAGAACGAUACCCUGUCGGACUGCGUCUACAACAUCCACUGGUAUCGUAUGACAAUUUCGCAGCAGAAAAAAAUCAUGUUCAUGGUCGCCAACGCUCAGCCGGAUAUGAGCGCAAAUGCUAUCUUUUUGAAUGUACAAAUGGCUACAUUUAUCACGAUCAUACGGGCUGCAUACUCUUACUUCACCAUAUUGCAAUAA